AUGGAGGUUAGAAGAGUGGUUAUGGAGUAUUUUACUAAUCAUGUGGCGGCAUCCGGGUGGGAGCGUCCGACGCUAGAUGGGGUGCCUUUUGCAAUGUUGAACGAGGAGGAUAAUCUUGGUUUAGUGGCACCAUUUUCCUCGAAGGAAAUUGAAGAGAUUGUCAAGGAUAGUGACGGCGAUAAAAGUCCGGGUCCGGAUGGUUUCAAUUUCGCUUUUGUGAAAAGAUUUUGGCACUUAAUUAAAGGGGAGGACUACCGUCCGAUCUCCUUACUAGGUUGUCUCUAUAAGCUCGUGGCAAAGGUGUUAGCGAGGAGGUUGGCUAAAGUUAUGAAUCCGAUCAUUUCUUUGAAUCAAUCGGCUUUUCUAAAAGGAAGGAAUUUAGUGGAUGGGGUGAUGGCAAUAAAUGAAAUUGUGGAUUUUGCUAAGAAGUUUAAGAAGGAAUGCUUGAUUCUCAAAGUUGACUUUGAGAACUUUGAGAAGGCUUAUGACUCCGUCGAUUGGGGUUUUUUGGUUUAUAUGAUGAAGAGAGUGGGGAUGUGCUCUAAGUGGAUUGCGAGGAUGAAGGCGUGUGUUUGUGGGGGAACUAUGUCUAUUCUUGUGAAUGGGAGCCCAACGGAAGAAAUUAAUAUUCAUACAGGUUUAAAGCAAGGUGAUCCUCUAGCACCUUUUCUCUUUCUCUUGGUUGCAGAAGGUUUUAGUGGGUUGCUGCGGAAUGCGGUUCGCUUGGACUUGUUUCAAGGGUUCAAGAUGAAGGAGGAAGGGAAAGAAUACUCUCACCUCCAAUAUGCCGAUGAUACUAUUUGUAUGGGGAAAGCAACGGUGAACAAUCUUUGGACUUUGAAGGCGUUACUUAGAGGCUUUGAGUUGGCUUCUGGGUUAAAGGUGGAGCUUGGUGUGCCAACCAAAGGAGAAGGGGGGUCUCGGGGUGAAGGAUGUGAGAUAUGGAGGUGGAAGUUGUUGAAUGGUGAGGAGGCUCUUUGGAAGGAGGUGCUAGUGGAGAGAUAUGGUAGAGAGGUUUGUGCUAAAUUGGAAGGUGGGGAGGGUUCUCACCCUAACAACGCUUCCAAGUGGUGGAAGGAUUUGGUGAACUUGGACAAAAGAGGGGAGGAGUCUUGGUUCAAUGAAGAAGUAGAGAGGUGUGUGGGGAAUGGGGCGAACACUUUGUUUUGGAAGGAGGCUUGGAGAGGGGAGGUUACUUUUAAGGAGAAAUAUUAUAGACUUUUUUCAAUCUCGACUCAACAAGAGGCGACGGUGGAAGCAAUGUGGAAUGGCGGAAUUUGGAGUUUUUUGUGGAGGAGGCGUCUUUUUGUGUGGGAAGAAACUCUUCUCCAUAGUUUAUUGGGAGAGUUGGAUGGUUUUGUGAGAACAAAUGUUGAGGAUAGGUGGAGGUGGAGGCUAGAUGAGGUGAAGGAUUUUAAGGUUAAAUCAUUGUAUGUGAAGUUGGAAAAAGGGGAGGUGGGAGAGAGAGUUCACUCCGAUGAUGAGAAUAUUGUGUUUCAGAAUAUUUGGAAGGUUGGGGUUCCUUCUAAGGUGACCGCCUUUAUGUGGAAGGCACUUUUAGAUAAAAUUCCAACGAGGGGGAAUUUGGAGAUUAGACGUUGCUUGCCUCCAGAUUUUGGUACGAGGUGUGUUUGGUGUACUUCGGUGUUGGAAACUACCUCCCAUAUUUUUCUUCAUUGCGAUUUGGCUAGGAGUGUUUGGUUGAAGCUUAUGGGGUGGUUGGACUUGAACUUUAUCAUGCCCCCAAAUUUGUUUAUUCAUUGGGAAUGUUGGAGUGCCGGAGUCAUGAACAAGAAAAUUAGGAAAGGUUUGCGUAUGAUUUGGCAAGCGGCAAUUUGGUCAAUUUGGAAAGCUUGGAAUGAUUGUGUUUUCAAUGGUGGUGUGACAAGGUGGGAUGAGGUUGUCGAAGAUAUAAAGUUCGGCUGUGGGAGUGCAGGCUGCUCUUGCAGUGUUUGCGUUUCUGGUUGUAUCAGGGAGGUUUUUGUUGCUGCUGGCCAGCAGGCGCUGAUGUGUUUUUGGGGGUCUGCAGUAUUAGGUUGA